AUGAAGACCGUCGGUGGCAUCCUUCCACUUCUUCAGGUUUCCACGGAUUCUUCUCCUUACCAGAACCCAGAUGUGCUGCCCUUACCGCCCUCGCGCCGUACAUGGUCGAUCAAAGUAUUCAUCUUUUUCUGGUUGGCGACAGCGAUAAAUAUUGCGGAGUGGUCGGGCGCCUCGACAGCACUGGCAAUUGGGCUAACGGUCGGGCAAGCAAUCGCAGUUAAUGCUAUCAGCACCAUCAUUAUUUGUAUGGCUCUGGUCAUAAAUGGUCACGGAGGAGGGAAAUGGCACAUCUCCUUUGCUGUCAUCAACCGCACUGGAUGGGGGGUGCGCGGUGCAUGGUUCUCACUCUGUGCUCGUAUCAUCUUAUCGUGCUGUUGGUACGGUGUGCAAGCAUGGUACGGAGGCCAAAUGGUAAAGAUCAUGAUUGGUGCAAUUUGGCCGAGCUUCUAUAGGAUGCGGAACACAUUCGCUCCUGAUGCAGCGAUGAAGACGAAUGAAUUCAUCGCGUUUAUCAUCUUCUGGACUAUCUCGCUUCCAAUAUUCCUUCUACGACCCGAGCAGUAUCGUAUCCCCGCCAUCUGUUCCUCGGUGGUCGUCACAAUCGCCGCUUUCGCGCUAUUUAUAUGGGCUCUCGCCAAACAAGGAAACGUAGGCCCUCUCUGGAGCAACCCAGAAGUCGUGUACGGAACCGGCCGCCUGAAAGGGUCGGUAUUGAGCUGGGCCAUGAUGAGAAUGAUUUCUAGUGGAAUCGGUGGAUGGGCCGGGGGAAUACUCUACCAGAGUGAUUUCUCAAGAUACGCUGUCAAAUCAGGAGACCAGAUAUGGGGCCAAGUGUUCAUCAUACCAGUUUGCCUGUUUGGGUCGAAUAUUCUAGGCAUCAUCACCACAUCGUGUGCUCGCGGUUUCUAUCCGGAUGAACCACUCCUAUGGAAACUGUAUGAUCUCCUUGAAGCGAUCCAGAUGCACGAAGGGCCAGGUGCUCGCGCAGCGGUAUUCUUCGCUGCGUUUGCCUUUUUUCUAUCGCAAGUCUGUGUAAAUGUCGUUGCUUGUGGGGUCGUCGGGGGCAUGGACCUAGCGGCAUUGCUGCCACGGUACAUCAACAUCAGACGUGGAUCUUUCAUCAUUGCAAUCAUCGGCAUUUGUAUCAACCCUUGGAAGAUUCUGAACACCGCCAACUCGUUCAUCUCAGCAAUAUCAGCGUAUGCGGUGUUCUUAGGCCCUCUGUCGGGCAUCAUGAUCACUGAGUACCACAUCAUACGACGACGCCAGAUCAAGCUUUCGCAUCUGUUCAUGCCCAACUCCGGUAGCGAUUAUUGGUUCUGGCAUGGAGUCAAUUGGCGUGCGCCGAUUAUAUGGGCCUUGGGCGUGUGGCCGAGUAUGCCAGGAUUCUGCGCUUCAAUCACCCCUAACGUGGUCAAGGUCUCCACAACAUGGACGCACGUAUACUACAUGUCCUGGCUCCUAGGAUUCUUCAUCAGCUCUUCGCUGUGGAUUCUUGUGAACAAUAUCUGGCCGCCGCCCGGAGUAGGAGAAAUAGACGACAAGGAUGUGUUUGGUACUUUUGGCCCAGCCCCCAGGAACUCGAGCGAUAGCGUCAACGAGGAAGACGGGGAUGUGAAAGAUGGCGAGAAGUUGAAGGGGUAA